AUGGAUUCAAUAUCUUCAACAAUUCCACCACCAAACAAAACUCCAUUACAAGAAUUAGACUCUUCUACAGCUAUUAAUUUACUUCGCUAUAUAAUUGCUUUAAAUGCUUUAUUUACAAACGGAUUUUUGCUUUAUCUUUUUGCUAGGUAUCGAGCUCUGCGUGGUACUCAAUGCAAUUUGUUUAUAGCAGCUAAUGCGGCAGUUGAAUUUAUUAUUGGAAUUGGCCUAGCUCUACGUGCCACAUUUGAAUUAAUUGCUAUGUCGAUGUCAAUUCAUUCAUUUACACAUACUCUUUGUGUUUGGAUUGGCUCUCCUUUAACUGGAGGCUUUGCAGCUAAUCAAGUAACAAUUUUGGGAUUAGCUUUGGAUCGACUGACUGCUGUUGCUUGGCCAUUCACAUAUGGAAAGAAAAAUAAAGUAGGACCGUUAUUCAGAUAUAGGUAUCCUGAGAUACAAAUAUUUCUUUAAUUGCCGGAAUAGGAGAUGAAUAAUCAUUGGGGGACUAAAUAGGAUUGCAUAAUACACAUGCCUAUACAAUAAAUAAUUUUAAUAAGAAAGUACAAACAUUUCCAAAAUUUAAUUCAGAAUUUAAUUGCCGCCAUCUUCUCCUUUGCUUUUUUCAUUUUCUUCGCUGCUAUUGGAGUGUCGCUUUGGG